UCGUGCAAGCAACGUUGCCAGUUACAAAUUGCUGUGCGUCGUGUUUGGCUCCCCAAGUGCUACAAACGUACAACAAACGCUAUCAUUAGUCUUCGUUAGGCGGUCUUUGUGUCAACAACGUGUUGCUCCACACACACAAAACGUAAAGAAGAAAUUUUGCGUGAUCCCUUGCACCACCCCGGCCCCCCAAAUAACGAGUGUGUCCGUGUGCGAUUCGUGCGUGCGUCUCGUUAAUCUUUGAUAAACACAGCAAACAAGAAAUAAAAGAAGAAGAAGACGAGCAAACAGCAAAAACAAAAGAAGUGUUGCCUAUUUUAAGGCGCUGUGAAAAAGUGAGUUUAGCACACAAAAAAAAUACAGUGCAACAAGUUCGAACAACUUUAAAGUGCGUGCAAUUACGAAGCAACAAACCAACAACAACAACAAGAAAUUAAUUUUUGGCAGCCUCUCAUCAACGUCAUCAUCGCUGUCGUAAUCAUCCGCAUAGCAACUCAUCCUAUUAGUCAGCGGAAAAAUCUAGAGUUUUCCAGAGGCCCGCACGUGACGCGGCCCUUUUUCUUCGCUUAAUCAAAAGGCAAACGACGCCACGUGAACGCUUCAAUGUUGCCGCAUCAUCAGCGCCAUAAAAUGGCGUCGCAACUGUUUCAACUCGCCAUCUGCACGCUGCUCCUACUCAGUUGUUGCCUCGUUGCGCCGGUGGCAUCCCGAGCACGCGAAGAGCGACGCAGUCGUGGACGCGGUGGCAGCAACUCUGGCUCCGUCUCCGGUUCCAUGUCCAGCUCAUCAGCGAUGUCGGGCAGCAGCAAUGGCUACUAUCGCAGCAGCUCCAGUUCCGGCUACGGCAGCUCAUCUUCGUCAGUCUCGAAUACAGGCAGCACUGGCUACAAUGGACCCAUGGACAGCACUGGCUUUUGCACGCGACGUCGCGAUAUGAAACUGAUGUGCUAUUGCACACCCGAUGAGAAUCAUAUACCCGUUCAGAAAGCCGAGUGCUGGGUAUUCUCUGAAGGUCUGCACCAGAACGACACGACUUGGACACGUUUCUAUCAGCAAAAGAGUUUGCGUGAACUCAAAUUUGUCAUACAAAACAAUGCCCGAUUGGAUUACAUACCCAGCAUGAUAAUUGAACCGUUGAAGAACUUAACAAGCAUUGUCAUUGAGUACUCUCAAGUGGAGAUUGUCAAGAGUUAUGCGUUUGCCAGCUUGAGCUUCCUCGAGCGUAUUAUUCUAAACAACAAUCAUAUUAUGGCACUCGAUCAGGAUGCUUUUGCCAAUCACAUACGUUUGCGUGAACUCAACUUGGAGCAUAAUCAAAUCUUUGAAAUGGAUCGUUAUGCUUUUAGAAAUCUGCCGCAUUGCGAACGUUUGUAUUUGAACAACAAUAACAUUAGCACGUUGCACGAAGGACUUUUUGUGGAUAUGGCUCGUUUGACGUAUUUGAAUUUGGCUCACAAUCAAAUCAAUGUGCUGACCAGUGAAAUCUUCCGUGGAUUGGGAAAUCUCAAUCUACUCAAAUUGACGCGAAAUAAUCUCAACUUUAUUGGCGACACCGUUUUUGCCGAACUGUGGAGUCUGAGUGAACUGGAGUUGGAUGACAAUCGCAUUGAGCGCAUCUCGGAGCGUGCCUUGGAUGGUCUAAACAAUUUGAAGACAUUGAAUUUGCGCAAUAAUUUGCUAAAGAAAAUUGACAAUGGUCUGCUGCGUGGAACACCGGCGCUGCUGUCAAUCAAUGUGCAGGCCAACAAAUUGGAAACGCUGACGUUCUACACGUUUCAGCCAAUUAUGGACAAUUUGGUCAACAGCACCAGUGAGCUGUUGGUGUCAGACAACAAAUUCAUCUGCGAUUGCCGCUUACAAUGGAUCUUUGAAUUGAAAAAUCGCACACGUCACUUGCAGCUGCGUGACUCGUUGGACAAUUUCAUUUGCACGUUGCAGGACCCAAAGCUGUCGCAUUUUGUCGACCCUGUGCCAUCGCACAUACUCGAUCUGCUGAAUAUUGGCGGCUUCACGGCGAUUGGCAGCAACAGCGCCAGCAUGGGCGGCAUUGGCAACAGUGUGAGCAGCGUGAGCAGCAAUUAUGCGACACUCGAUGAGCUCAAUGGCAGCAAUGUGAUCGGCACACGGAAGCACGGUACGUCGAGUAAAUCGCGUCAAGCGAUGCGUGGCCAGCGGCAAUUUACGGAUGAUGCCGCCGAGAAUAAUGCGCUCGAAUCGAAGUUGCGGCAGCGACGCAAGCGGCAACAGCAGCCGCAGCCCAAGGAUGUGGCCGGUGUGGCGGCCGUGGCACAGACGCAAAAGCGUUACGAUUACUACGACGAGGCGAAUGGUGGACAUGUCUCAGGGCUUGGAUUGGGACAUGGCGGACUCGAUAUGGAUGACAAUUUGAAUCUGCACAAACAGAGUUCGUUCUACGGCAGUUCCUCCGCCUCGAGUUCGAUGAAUCACAAUGAUGUGGACACGCUGAUGCAUCAGCCACCAAUUGGUGAUGCACUCGAUGCAUUGGCCACCAAGAAUUCGAUCAGCGUGCGUCUGUUUAUGCUGAAGCCCGAGAUGCUGCCCUGCCACGAUGAACUGAGCGAUCCCACCGAAUUGCCACUGUCACGAGAUCUGAUGGAUGUGCGCAGCAAUGCGGGACAAGAUCAGCUGAUCAAUGGUGCUCCACUGCAGACACUGCAGCUGCUUGUCUGUCUGCUGCUCAGUUCGGUUGUCAGUUUUCUGAAUCUCGGUUGAACGCUGAGUUUUCGCAUGCUGUAAAUACUCGUGAGCAUUCAUUUGGUUGUUCGUCAAGCAGAAAGAGAAGCACAAGAAGUGAAACCUAAAUGCAGAGAGAAACUUCUCCUUCAACUGGUGAGAUGGCAAAAACUAUUUUGGAAACGAGCUUCGAAACACAAAAACACACACAAAAAUACACACAGACACCACAGACAAAGCUACUGCUACAGAAACGUGAAAUCUAAACUAAAGUCUUGUAAAUAUGUAAAAAUGCAAAAAUAAAAUUCGAUUAACCUACUAAUUUAAUCCUAGCUGAUAGCUGUAAUAUUAGACUCUCUCGAACUAACUCUAAAAAAAAACUCUCUUGAAAACUUCAAACCAAAAAACCGAACAGAACCGAAACUACAACCAAAAAAACUUAAACCAAAAACAAAUUGAAAACCUCCGAGCAAACUGGCGUUUCAUUUAAAAAGAAAAACUCAAAACCAAAUGAAAUAAAAAACCGUAUUAAAAACGAAAAUCUUAACUGUACUACAUAGCAUAUAGUUUUGACUAGCCAUAGAGUUGAAUUAUUUGAGAUUCGUUUGAAACUUGAGCAAGGUACACAACUACAAUACAGUAAAUAAAACUUGGAAAGCGCUAAACGUCUUAGGUACAGUGAGGUCAACAACUAACUAACUUAGCUAGAGUCAGUUUUAGUGUACUAAGGUCCACAAGAGGCAUGCCUGUAAAAACAAAACAACCGAAACGAAAAACCGCAGCUGAAAUUAGAUACAGAUACUUAGAUACAUAACGUAAUGUUCUAUCUAUAAACGAGUAUAAAUAUAACGUACGUAUAACAAUUAAGAUUGCUUUCUAGUUUGUAAGCCACACAAACUCACACACUCAGACUCACUUCUUAGUCUUUACAACUGCUGCUGCCACGCCCAAAAA